AUGUACACGGCCGCGAAGUCCACGUUCGUUGCUCAGGCCCCCGUCGCUGCGCGCCGCGCACAGCCUGCGCCGCGCCGCGCGGCGGUCGUCGUGCGCGCGGACGGCGACGCCAAGAUCAACCCCGACAUCCAGAAGGACUCCGAGAAGGUCGCGACCAUGAUCAAGUGCUCCGAGAUGGGCAAGAAGGGCGUGUUCUGCCGCUGCUGGCGGUCCAAGACCUUCCCCAUGUGCGACGGCGCGCACGUGGAGUUCAACAAGAAGACCGGCGACAACGUCGGGCCUCUGAUCGUCACCGACGACACCUGA